GCGACGGACAGGGCUACAGAGUCCUGUCACACAACAAGGAGAAAACAUUUCGCCUUAAACUAUAAAUUAAUGUUUACGUGCGCGCUUAAUUUAUAAUACAUGCAGAUGUCACAUAUGUGAGUGUGCGCGUGCAGAAGGUAUGUUGUACCGGCAGCGCGUGACCGAACAGAGAUGCCCAGGCGGGAUGUCCGAGUGUCUCGUGGGAAAUAUAGAAUAUCACAGCGUUUGUAUUUGACACAGUGCUCAUGUUUAAGUUGUUUUAUUGAGUUGUUAUCAGGAGAAAAACACUGAUUAAAGUGAUGGACUAACCUGCUUUUCUAAUAGCCUACAUUAGCUGCAGCUGUGGUCUCUAAUGUGCUUCCGGACUACAAAACUGUAACCACAUGGAAAUACGGCUCGUGUCGACCUUCAGUCUACUGUCUCUGCUGUCGCCCAAACACGAAUGCUUCACCAGGGGGGUUUGUAAGAGUCCUCAAUGACAGUCCUCAUCAGUAACCACUGACCCGGUGUUUAUGUCAAAGCUCCCCUAAAAAAAAAUGUAACGAUUCAUUGUAAAGGCGAACAGUGUGAUCAGGAGGUGUCACAGCCAUUUGGAGAGACCAUGCACAACAGGGCACGUUAUCUCAUCUUUUUCCAAUACAUAGGAACAAAAUACUGUGGUGCAGUGAAGGUGCCCCAGCCAGGAAGCACAGGGGUCCAGGAACACUUGGAGGAUGCUAUAAGGAGGCUGAGGCCGCUCAACCCAGUGUUCCUGUCAAUCUCCAGCAGGACAGACAGUGGUGUCCACGCCCUUUCUAACUCCGCCCACUUUGACCUCCAGCGCAAGAACGAUAAGCCACCAUUCCCUGAAGACCGUCUGGUUGAUUAUCUUAAUUACCAUCUCAGUGAGGAGCAAAUCAGGAUCACUCAUGCCCACCGCGUGCCUGAUAACUUCCAUGCCCGUUAUUGUGCUCAGUCUCGGACUUACAUCUACCGCAUCGCCCUGGGAAUCACCCACAGCUCUCCUCUUCCCCUCACAGAAUACGGUCUGUGCUGGAAGCUCAGCAACACGGAGCUGGAUGUGGGAGCCAUGCAGGAGGCGAUCGCCUUGCUUGUCGGGACUCAGGACUUCAGCACCUUUAGGGCCGUCAACAAUGACAUGCCUUUCGUAAAUCCUGUGAAGACGCUGACUGUGGCCAGCAUACAGCCAGGCGGCUCCUUCGCACAGGCACACUACCACAGAGAGAUACCAUUCUGGGAGCUGACAUUUAAAGGCAGAUCUUUUCUCUAUAAGCAGGUGCGAAGGAUGACGGGGGCCGUGGUGGCUGUGGGCCAGGGGAAGCUCUCAGUUCCCCAGCUAAAAGAGUUACUGGAGGCUCGGGACACUCUUGCCUACCCAAAAGACAUGGCUGCUCCGGCCCAUGGCCUCUUCCUCACCAGGGUGGAAUACAAAGAGACAGACCUGCAGCUUAUGAAACAGACCUCAGAAGAGCUGUCGUCCUCAAGUGCAAACUCAGAAGAUUAAUUGUGCCAUUCAGUCAUGUUGAUAAACUGUAUUUCCAUACUUCUAUUUGCAAUGGUUGUAAUAAAGUUUUGUAUUUAAGUGUACAUUCUUAUCUUUACUUACAACACAACAGCUUCAUUUUGAGUCAGUGACCCUUGUAGGUGUUUUAUAACAAAUGUUUUUCCACAUUUACACAAAUAAGCAUUUGACUACAUACAGAUGAACAUCUACAUGUUCUUUUAAUUCAACAUAUUAAGAAUACAUAACUGUGUCCAUGAACGCAGCUCAGCUACAGAAUACCACACACCUUGAACCUAUCGUUGCCUACACAUGACCUUCAGGUUACAACAGACUUGCUUUAAGCCUAGUCAGGCAGUAUUACUCCUAUGUAUACAUGUAUGAACUGGGUUUUGGUAGGUUCUUCUGACAAUUAUCAAACAAGGUA